AAUUCUUUUUUUUUCUCAAUGUUAGGGAAAAUUGCUGGUUGAAAUUGGAGAGACGAAGUUGCGGUAGUUGUAUUUUAUAGACAAAGAUUGUGCAUAGAAGUGUUUUAUUAGUAUUACUUUUAGCUACAAAUAGUGUAAAAAUUAGUCAUCAAUUUAGAAAAUAAAAACAUGGCUCAAAGAGGUUUUGGUGGAAGCCCUUGGCAACAGAGUGGACCAAAUUUUGUGGAGAACCAGAUGAGACUGGGACUUGGAAGCCUUGUAGACUUAAUGAACAUGGAGAGGCUAAUGAGGGAAAGUGGUGGUGGAUUUGGUGGUGGCAUUGGCUUUGGCUUGAAUACAGGAGGAAUGGACAUGAGCCAAAUGAUGGGAUUUUUGGAAUCUAGGAGUAGAAAUGAGAGAGUGGGUGGUUAUGAACGAGGAAAUCAAAGAAACAGGAUGAGAGGAAGAAACAGAUCUGGUAAUCGAAGGAAUCAAACAAGAAGACGGUCAAGAAAACAACAGAGCCCUGGUGAAGGACAACAAAAACGUUCAGCUCAACAACAAAGUCCUCGAGGAGGACAAAAGAAACGACAAAUUCAGCAACAAGGUCCUGGUGAAAGUUCUCACCCUAAACGACAAAAUACUGAUGAAGCACAGAAUAGCCCACAAGAGAAAAAUGGUAGGAAUGUAAAAGAAAACGAAUACCCCUACAGUCCAGCUAACCCCACAAGUGAGGGUACUGAACAGAGAUUCCAAACUCAAGUGAAUGGCAAGAACCAAAAUUUAAGCAUGGACCAACAAGCAAAGAGCAAGGUUAAGGUGGCCAACAAAAUGAGAAGAAGAAAAGGUCAGGACCGAAAUACAUUUUACUGUACUGUUUGUGAGCGGGAGUACCAUGGUAGUUUCCUUCAACACAGGAGGACCAGCAAGGAACAUAGGAAAAAUCGUGACAGGAAAUAUCCAAAGUGUAGACUGUGCAGAAAAUCAUUUAACAGUCCGUUGGAGCUCAAGCAACAUCAUAAGACUACUAAUCACAAGAACCUUACCAAGCGGCCAGGGGAAAAGAAUGCCACUAAAUCAGAUGAUGACACGGAUUAUGUGACAUUAGAUGCAACUGGAAUAUUUGAAGAUGAGAACAAAAAGGAGGUAACCCAAUGUAACCAGGAUACUGACAGUGAGAGAGAAGAGAAUGUUGAUGAGCUCAAAGAUGAAGAUGAUGAUGAUGAUGAUAAGCCAGUAGGACAAGUCUAUGUUGUGAAAGUAGAAGGAUUCUUCUGUAAGAUUUGCCACAAGUUUUUUAAAGACUCUCACUCUGCUACUAUCACCCACUGUAAAAGUGAAGAACAUCGCAAAAACAAUGCAAAAAUUCAAGAAAUGAUUAAAAAACGGAAAGCUUUAGAAGCUCAGAGAAAGGUUGUAGAAGAAGCUAGAGUGCAAGAUGGAGAGGAAGCUAAAAAAACAGCUGAUGAUAUCAGUAAAGAAGAAGAAACUCAAGAACAACAGAUAUCAACUACAGAUGAACAGGGAGCCGAUGUGGAAGAUGAAAAGGUAGACAAUAAACAGGAAACUGACAUGGAAAGAAAUGAAGAAGCUGAAAAUGAUCACGAAAUGACAGAAGAACAAGGCACUGUUGCUGGGAGUGAGGAAGAAAAGAGUAUUGAUAAACCCAAGAAGGAUAAAGAGGAGAGUGAGAAGGAUGAACGUUUUUCAAAAGAUGAGUUUCGGGAGAAAACUGAACAAUGUAAAAUAACAGUCUCCUUCAAAGAUGAAAAGCAGGGUGAAUGUGAUGAAGAAAAGGAAAAAUUAGUAUCUUCAGAACUGGAUGAUAUCCUGGGACCAGUGGACAAUCUUCAAUCAUCCUCCCAAGAGAAUGAAGAUGACGAACUUGUAUCUUCCCUGGUGUCAGAAAAUCGAGAACAGGAGAACUCUGAGUUGUUUGCUUCACUUUCUUCACAGAUAGUUAGCAAGGAAUUAGAAACCAAACUGAACUUACAGGAGGUCGUGGAAGAUGAGGGAGAAGAAGAAGAUGGAGAUGAUGCUGACACAAGUAAAGAGAUCAAUUUACCAUCAGCUGCUACCAGAAGUCAAGGAAAGGCACGAGGACGAGGUAGGGGCCGGGGAAGAGGAAAAAGGAAUUCUUGAAGAUAUUUUAGUGUUUUUUUUGGUCAUACAUAAUUGAUUUUAUUCACAUCAAGUAUUCGUAUAUAUAUAUAUAUAACAGACACGCUUUAUAGCUUUAAAUUCAGUCUUGUUUGACACGUUGAUUUAUCUCUUAGUAUGCAGAAAUGAAUGUGGUAACCACAACUAUAAAGAUGUCUCCUUAUUGAUGCUUGUCAGAAACAAGGACGAUUUGAAUAAUUGACUUUACAUGUGUUGUUGCAAAAUUCCGUUUAGUGUAUGUACUUUAUGUUCUAAUAAAAUGACAGUUUUUGUUAUCGGU